GAUUUGCAUUCGAGACUUCGCACGGGCAAUUGACCGAUUUAAUUAGUUAUUCGGAUUAUCUUUAAGACUUCGCAGAUUAAUGUUUAGUACAGAAAAACACGUUUAAUCAGGAGUAUGCAAAUUACGAAACAAUUAUCGACGCCAGCGAGAAGUUUCAAUUUUAAUGAGAGACUCGCAAUGCACACAGGAGGAAUUUAUAUUGGCCAGUGGCCACCUCAUUGGACAGUCUAUUCGUAUUCUUUGAACGAUUCGCGAUAAAUUUCAAUAAACCAACCGCGUGAAAGAAAUCCUUGUGCUCCCUGUACAUCUUUUUACGGCGAACACUUGAUCUGUUCGCGCAAUAAGAAGUAGCAGCAACGAAGCAGACUGCCGGCGACCUCGUUCGACUGUAACGAAGUGUCAUUCCGAUAACCCAGGCCAGCUUUUACUGUCACUCGACGGAUGACGAUAAAGAAAUGUGCAACCAUCGGGGAUCUGCUUUUAAUAUUGCAUGGACAGGAAGCGGGGAAUUAAACUCUCGUCUGGCUUGGCGUUAACUGCUUAGACUCCGAUUGAGACGUUUCAUCGUCUCUUAAUUACAGCUGAUCAUAUUUCUUCCUCCCCUACCUUUUUUAACAUAUUCGUAUCGCACGUCAAGAAAAUAAAAACUGUUUCUGUUAGUAUUAAUAUGUAUCUUCUCACAUCGUGUAUCCCAUGCAACAUAUCUAUUUCCUUUUUAUAAAUUGAUAAAAUCUAGUAAUCAACAUAUCAACUUGAUCGAAGAAUUGCAUCUGACAAACGAUGAUACGUAGAAGAACGAUACGACGUGCGUACGCUAUAAGUUUUAGAUGUUAUUCGCUUAAUAAAUCGAUCAAAUUUAGGAAAUUCUCGGGGCUGGAAACUGUUCUAAAAAAAAUCCGUUGAAAUUCUUUCCAAGCAGAAUGUAUCGCGGCGCGUAAACAAGGUGUAGUUUAUUCGGCGAAACGUAAACCUAUAAAAAGGUGCGAUCAAUUACAUAUAACCGACCAUACUUUGACUGCUGCCCGCGAGUAUACUGAAGAUGAUUAUCGAAUAAAAGAUGAAAACGUGGAUUAUAAUGGCAGCGGUUUCACGGUUGAUCGCGUGCUGAGCAGCAGCCCGGCUCCUCCAUCUGGAAGUCGUUUGUGAAUACGUGUCCCGUUGCUGCGUCCACGCCACACGCUACGCACGAAUUCGUGAUGCUGCACCAAUAAAUCGGUCAACUUUAAAAGAGGCCGGGGCCAGCACAAAGGCUGGUGAAAUCUGUGCGAAUAAAUUGCGAACACGAAGGGGGAGCUAAUAAAAAUGGCUUGCGGUGAGAAAAUUGUAAAAAGCUAUCAAAGAAGAUUCGAAAGAGAGAACUGAUUAGCCCCCGAAGUUCUAACAAUAAUUACAACUGCGUUCAAGCCUCGAUUUUAAUCCGGUUACUCAUCGGUAUUUCAAGCGUCGCGUACUAUCGUCAAAUAUAUAUUCGGCGCGCCAUUUUUAUGUCGCAAAUAAAGAAAGAAGAGACCGAGGAUUCUUUUGGAGGAAAAGAUAAUCCUCCGUUAUAUUAUACGUUGAAACUAUGCGGUUGGAGUAAUGUCAAUGCGAUGAUGGAAUUAGAAUAGAGAAGUAAAUUCGUGAGGUGGUGUACCGGCGCGACACGAUGAAAAGGGAAAAAAGAAAACAGAGAGGUGGGAACUAAGAACGGCGAUGUGCAAAGCAAAAGAAAGAGAAGGAUAGGUUUCUCUUCCAGUGGGAGGUACUAAAAUUAGAGAAGAGAGCCCACGCGGGUAACAGUUUCUUCUUGAAGCUUCCCUCGGACAUUUUCAAAUAGUUCUUUACGCCGAUAACACAGCGUGUUUUCGCGACGUCUCGCUGUCAGUCGCGACUCGGCGCCGUGAUUCUGCGUUCGAUUCGAUUGGCUUACAAAGUGACUUCCCCGGGAGACACGAUCGCCUCUUUGGAACCCAUUCAACGUCCAAGUUACCCGAGCUAUUCCAACUGGCAACACGCGGACUUUGAAUAAUCGUUUUUUCUUUUUAUCAACGCUGAUCACCGUAAUCGAUGGCUCCCGGUCUAUCGACGAAAAAUGAAAAUCGAUGAACGCUGAUUUCCUUCUCCGGCGAGCUCACUUAUUUUCCUCCUCGAGUGAUACCGAAUAAUACCGCGUCAAAUAAGUAUAACGAUCGACAACAAAUUGGGUUUCUUUUCAUCGCUAAUAGCAUCGCCUCUUAUCAAGAUUGCCUUCGCGUCUGAUACAAGCUACCCUUCCCAGGAUGAUAAUACGUAUUCCUGGCCUUCGCCUGCGUUUCGUGCGGCCCUCGUGCAGAUAGCAAGCUGCACCUAUACCUACACCGUCGACAUCCUUAUCGAGGAAAUUGUCUCUGAAUCGUCGACGCAGUCGUGUGAUUUCAUCCCAAAGAUCCUUCCCGAUAUCGAGGCUUCGCGACAGUGUUCGAUCCGGCGAGGCUACGGCAUGUAUUUCAAUCGAUCGGUUAUCGAGGCGCCAAUCUGCAUACAUUUCAUCCUGCUAUUUCUGUUUUUUGCGACGACCAGCAUUGAACGAGUCGAAGGCAGAAAAUGCGUGUGCACCAGCAAGGCCUGCAAGGAAUCCGGCGUGGACACGUGCAAAACGAAAUUCUCCUGUUACACCGAAUUGAUCUUGACCGAGAACCAAGAACUCGGAGAGAAUACCACGACGAGAGGUUGCACAGAGGGCGCCACACCAUUGUUGUGCGAGACAAAGUCCUGGGUCACGAGGUCGAAGUCGACCGACAACGUGGACCGAUCGUCGACUGCCCAGAUCCGUAUGCCCUGGCCCAGAUUGAAAUGUUGCGACAGCCGCGACUACUGUAACGCCGAUCACCACGUAAACGUGUCCACGUGGAUCCACGACGGAGAGAAGCCUACCGAUCCCAUCCAAGCGACUUUGGGUUACGCCGGAUCGUUUAAUGGGAUGUCGUCAAGCAAAGACGUGAUGGGAUCGAUUCAACAUGAUCCAGGGCCCGUUGCCGGAGGUCAGGAACCACUGGAUCAGCACUUCCAGAAUCGCGUAAAACCGAUCCACGUCGCAGUUCUGGCUUUGGCGAUCGCCGCCCUGAUAUCGGUCCUAGCAGCUUGCUACGUUAUUACAAGGUAUGCAAGCUUUUAUUACCUAUCUGCCCACGUAAAGUUUCUUGUUACGAGAUCAUGGGGAAGUUUCGGAUCUCGCAUAACGACACUUUACAGGUAAACGAAAAUAUCACUGACAAGAUAGCACAAGGUAAUUAUGCUAUAACUACAAAGAUUCCAAAUUCAGCUUCACGGCUCAUUUACGAAUAUAUAUGAUUAAAAAUCGACUCGUUAAUUAUGCUAAUGAAAAAACAGCAUCAACUGUUUCCGGUGCUUCGAUGAUACUUCGAUGAUUUUAUAACACAUUACCGUUCGAACGUAAAUGGCGGAGGCGUCGUCGUUAGAUUUUUAAUUUCACCUCUAUUUCCGCUUAUAAAUUACAUGAUUGUGUUUAAUCGUUCGUUCUCCUCCAUCUUUUCGUUCAAUCGUAAAAUAUUCUUAUAUUUUGCUACAUUUGUUGAUACGCUGCCAGGAAUUUGUGUUCGCCUUUUUGUUAAGGAAACAACAUUCAUAUGUAAGUUCGUAAUUGUAAUUGCUUGGCAUUGCUCGCUGGCGGCAUACCAUGCUCCACCGAAUCGAUCCGCGAGUAAGUACGACACAGCGCGCGGCAUGGCGCGGCACUGCGCCGUUUCAAAUUCGUGAUCAAAGCAAAAGUCUCAAUUCUUCUUAUAUAUCACGUUCUCUCUUAUACACAUGUGUAUAUGUAUAACGAAAUAACGGGCGUGCCAGAAAAAUUCAAUCGAACGAAAGCACGCGCUCGAAGGCGAGCUACCUUUAUUAGCUGACGCAUUUACUCGACGUUGCGCACGUCGCAUCGUUCGCGAACGCUUUGAAAAGUCUCCCAUUGGAAAGCAUGCCGCGAUGAAAAACCUUGUGCUAAUAUUAACUCGGCGACCCGUUAACAAUCACCGUUCGCGACGCGUUACGAAUUGCGACUGUCUCCGAUACCCGUCGAAAUGACCGGACAGUCGGUCAUGUACAUGGUCGCUUUUUUAAGACACAGUAACAAAAGCAAGAGAACGGUGUAACGUGUAACACGGACUAUAGAAAGACAUAUAGGAAACUUUGUUUAUGUAUUGUAGACAGGACUACUGUUCUGUCAUUUGUAUUCUGUCAAUGAAGCUGAAUAAGUAGCAAUUAGAAUAAAAUUUACUGCUCGAUAUUAUCCACCUGUGAACUGAUACGACGCGACAGCCAAGGUUUAUAGAAAAUAUGACAUCGUCCUGUCCAUAGGACAGCGUCGCAGCUUUCGUCUUGUUUUCCUUUUCUGAACCGGCUCGUUUCAGCGGUUUCUGUCUGACGGCUAGACCGUAGCCGGUUUGUCAAGGCACGGCGACUAAAAGCUGACCGUAAUUGCUCUCUCUUAUCAAGCCUCCUUUUUCAUUGGGACCCAUCCGAACAGAUAACGGAGGCCCGAAGGCCCACCGAGAGGUCUACCCUCUAAUCUUUGGCCACCGAACGGUUAAGUGGGUUUUCGAGUUCGGGAAUGUCCUGACCUCGACUCGCAUACACCUUUCGUCGACUUGUUAUUUCCUUUCCUCUACCUUUAUCUCACCCUCGCCCGAGGCGCGUAUUUCGACUCGGAGCAUCGCCGCUCCGAAGACACGAGCCGACCCUUUACCGAUUUCUUUGUGUUUCACACGGUUCGGACGUUAAUGUGGGCGCGUUUCUAUCUGGUUGUAACGACGUUGCUCUAUCGAGCACGACGCGCCAACCGGGGUAAGGUCGGUAAGGGAUUUCUUUUUAUCGCGAAGGAGCGGGACUGCGCCUCGAGUGUAGAGAAAAUAGAGGCGAAUUAGGAUAAGGGUCCCUGAUAACUGCUGAAGUGUAUACUUUGGUGAACGCGCGUUCCUGUUUCGCCCGUUUAUCACGGGGUAUUUUUAGACCAAACCGACCGUGAUGGCCACUGUACAAAAACUUUAUAGAUUUAUGCACUUCUCUUACCUUCCGAGAUGCUAAUAUAUUUUUCAUUCGCAGAUUUUUGAGAACGAAUCCUGCUUACGCUAUAGACAGCAUAGAAUAAAUGCCUAAAGACUUCUUGGUUUCUAUUCGGAAUUCGUUAGAAGACCGGAACAAGGAUUAUCACGCGCUUUCGUCGUUGGAUUAUGUCAAUCAGACUGAUGGACUGUGUGGUGCCGAAUGGAUAUCGAGGAAACGUGGGACGUCUCGUGGUUUCGAGAGUCAUCGAAUGCAUGACGCAGCUCGUCGAGGGACAGUUUCGAGCAAACAACUCGAUGAAAUCUUUUGUUUCGACGGGUAUGACUAACAUCAGGGUUGCGCCUGUUAAGUAAAUUCCUGCCGGUUUCUCGAACAAGGUGCUUUCUCGUACAAUUAGUCGUCCUUACAAAAUGCAAAUAAUAGAACAAUGAAUUGUAUAACUGCGAAGAAUGAAUUUACAACGUUCUUGAGAGCUUUAACGGUAGCCAAUACAGCUGUCGAAGUCGGUAUGUGAUUAUGUACAUCGGGCACGAUAAGAUAAAUUGUUAUGCUUAUAACAAACUGCAUUCCCAGUCUUACAGGUGUAAUGUACAUAUGUACAUACAUAUAUUCUAUUACUAUUAUGUAUACGUACUUAGAUACAUAUAAUCUCUUUGGAUCGUGUGUAAGAGCCGUGAAAUAUCUAGAUCCGGAUUUAUUAUACGUUUUAUAUUCAAGUACGAUUUGUUUCCAGCGCACGCUGUUCCCUUCAUAAAAAAAAAAGACUACGGAUAAUAUACGUAUAAAUCUGAGAGAUUAAUUAGCAUGUAUGCAUAAAUACGUGGAGCUCGAAUACGAACGAGUAAAAAAAGAAAUAGCACCAUGACUAACUGCUCGUACCGUUACAUUGUUUCUCAAUCGCCGACACGUUAUCGGGACUGAAAUUCUUUUUCCAGUGUCUUCGAUCAUACGAUGAUUGGCAGCCUUCGCCUUGUCGGCCGCUCGGGCCAUGACAAACAAUAGCGUAUUCCAUUAGCAUCCGAGUCUGCUCCUCGAGAGCAAACUAACCGACCAUAACCAGGUGCUCGCCGGAUUCGGGUUCGGUUCCGAGUCGGCCGCUUGACCACCGCAUUCGUUUCGGGCAACGAGAAUCAAUCACUCCGCUAAACACAUACGGGCUCUCGAUUCGGUGGUAGAUAGUUGUCCUCCGGGCAUCGUCGAACGACCAAAUAUCUCAGAUAAAUAUCUCAGACUCGUCUAACUGGUUCAUCCACGAGCCACUAGUACUAACAAGUCAUUCCUCUAUAUCGCAGCUCCUUUUUUUUUUAUCGGGAAAAGAAACGUACUACGGCGGUUGGAUCCAAGUUCAAUCUCCUCUACGCGAAGUGAUUUACGUUCGAUGCCUCCAUACCGGGCGUUACGACCGCAAUUAGUAAGUGAUCGCGGUUCUUUUUUUCUUGCGUUGGAGUACGGGACGGCGGUGUCGAUGAACCGCGCGCGUGUACUUCUCGUUUUCGUUCCGAGUACGCGUCUUUGUCUUGGUCGUUAUCUGUUGCUCGAACAAUGAAAUGCUUUGAACGAACGGCGGGCGGCGUCGGUGGCCAUGCUAAACUUGUCGCUUCGAUGUUGGACGAAGGCACUCGCUCGUUAGAACGGGGCUUAAGAAUAAUAUCGGUAACGCAAUCGUGCCAGAAGCAUAUUUCAUUUGGCAAAGUGUUUCGGGAGACGGCACUUAGCGUUGGUACACGUCACCGUGGAUCAGAUUAUCUUCGGUGUACAUACCGAAGACUCGGAAGAGGGCAACGAUGCACCGCCGGUGUAAGAAAUAAGCAAAAAUAGGAACAGCGCCGUGGCGCCAACGAGUUAAUAGUUAAUUGGCUAAUGCCCGGCUAAAAAUAAGUGGCGCAUCGCCGACCUCGCUUGUAUUCAAACUACAUACAUGCAUACAUACAUAGGUGUAUACCUAUCCGUAUGAAACCAACGCGACGCAACGCGAGCUUAAUUCCUGAAAAGGAAAACGCACAAAUGACUAGAAUUACCUGCGUUUCAUUGGCAGACGAGUGCGACGAAACGAAAAUCGGUAGACGAAGCCAGACGGUUUUCCUAUGAAACAAACACGCGUCUGGUAACGAUUCUACGAAUGAAAGAAAAUUUACGAGACAAGCUCGAAAUCGACGACGGUAGAUUGUCUGCGUACGAAGCACAGCAAGUUUGUACAUACCAACCAUUUCCGAAGAAACUACUUAAAGCAACGAAUUAAUUACGUGUUGGCGUCCACUUUUCCGUUUCUCUAUUCGCAUGGUAACCGGUCGGACCAGGUGACGAUCUCCUCCACCCGUGGCAAGGUGAAAAGACUCAUCGACGGGCACGUGUAUGCAUAAUCGACGCUCAGAGGAUCCCGAUUACGCGGACAAAGGCCUGACGACUUAUCUCGUCCAUCACUUCUAUUAUGCAAAGCGGUCUUUGCUUAGGUGUCGACACUCUGAUGUCCAAAUUUACAAAACAUCUUUACAAACUCUUUGUCAUUAAUACAAUACAUUAUGAGACUAAGAAAUUGAAUAAACGUCGACGCUAAAUCGAUUCGAUGUAAUAAUUCAAUUUAACGGAUAGUCCCUAUUGGAAUUAUUGUAAUAUGAUACAAAUUAUUUGGGCAGACGCAAUUUCAUUGAAAGCUCCGAUUCGUGGUGCGCGUGUAUCGGCGCAUCUCAAAGUCUACGGCACCCGCGCAAUUUAAUUCGCGAGGAGGGGAAAAGAAGUUGGCCGGGUAGCGACAUAGCGCACGACAAAAGCUAAAAAGGAGACCGGCUGUCAGGAGGAGAGCUGACGAUCUACAGCAGAAGUAUGCUGCCGCUCUUUUACGUCGCCCCCUCCUUUCACCGUUCGGGACGCACGAAUCGUAACAGGCUUGUGUGUGUACACCGUGGCUCCCAGACACCUAGACACUCACCCUCGCCAGGAAAACGUGGCGUCUCUGCCUCGGGGCUCAGGCGCCACUGUCUCCCUUCUCCUCGUCCCCCGUUUCCCUCACCAACCGCCCAUUUCCCGGCGUCGGCCCUCACCACUCAACCUUUUACCAACACACCAGUCCACCGGCCUGGCAGCAUACUAGUUCUGGUACAGUGACUGCCAUUAACGUACUUAAGUAAGUGGUACAAGCCAUAUGCGUGGCUCUCGAUCCAACCGAACGAUAGAUCCUAGAUCUGAUGAUCUAUGACGAUUGAUUUUCAACAAAUAAUUCGAAAAAUGUGAAUGAUCUUCAAGAAUUUAACAUUUUGUAGAUAAAUUGAACGAG